AAUAUAAACUGAGCAUGGUCGACUCAUGUCAUUGGCACUGGGUUUAUCCCUAAUUCUUACACGGUCCCUAUACAGGCGCACUAAAUAGGCUCCAACUAUAUGCAGUGCAUAUUUAGGGAAGACAGAUUUGCGAUGCACAAGGUAUAAAUUGCAUUAGCCGACUAGUUCACGAUGAUUUAUACUCUUAUAUUCUUAUAAUUAUAAUUAUGUCAUGUGUUAAACAUCUCGUCCAUUCUUUUACACUCUAACUAGUGCACUACAUGUCAGAUAAGGAGUGAUUUGGGAUUUGGCCGUUAUCGGUGGUCUGUUUCCGUAUUCUGUCACUGGUGACCGAUAGAUGGCGCUAAUUCAAUAAUUAGUUAUAUCCACAUAGGGGAAGAAGACGCUCAGCAGCCGCGGUGUGGGUGCCUUGCUGUGUUCGGAUAAAUUGCGUUAGGAUUACUCUUCAUAACACCUAUAGGUGACUAAAAAAGUAUAGAGUGGUGGGCAUUCAUCAUGGCUAUAAUAGCCAAACGAUGUGGGAUUAAGUUUGAUCCACCUUCAGUCAUUCUUAUAUAUGAAGAUGAACAUACAAGCAAGUUGCGUAAAAGAGUAAUGCCAGUGAGGAGCUUUUCACAGUUCUCAGACUGCAGCAGGGCUGCGGAGAGACUAAAGCUUCAUCCCCGUCACGGACAUUACCUGGAUUUGGUGUCAGUGGAGCAGCUGGUGAGGUUACACACGGUGCUCCGGGAUCACUUGCGAGGUCUCAGCGUGGAGGAGAGUCUGAGAGAACAGCAUUGCUCUCGCACACACGAGGAAGAUCUCAACAAGCUCAGUGAUGAAGAGCUGAACCGCCGCAAAGCGCAAAUGGACGUACUGUUCGAGCUCAACCGGCGCCGCAAAGACGACCCGGACUUUGUAUACGACCUCGAGGUGGAGUUUCCUGAAAACAGCGUACGGGAAACCUGCAGCUGGGACCAAUCAGAUGAAGAGUUUUGAGGAGCAGGUAGUGUUGCCACCUCACAGAUCAAGGGUACCUGGUUCCAUCCUGAGUUCGACUUACUGUCUGUGUGAAGUUUCACAUGUUCUCCACGUGUCUGUGUGGGUUUCCUCAGGGUUCUCCGGUUUCCUCCCAAAACAUGCCAGAAGGUGGAUAGGCUAUUGUAUCCACGCAUCCCUUUUCUAUACAGGUUAUCCUACACAGGUUCGUGGGGAGUGAGGUUGGGGACACCCUGUAUGAGGUGCCAACACAUCACAGGGCACAAUCACACACCCAUUCACACACUAUGGACAAUUUGUAAACCCCAAUCAUCCUACAUGUCUUUGGACUGGGGGAGGAAACUGGAGUACCUGGAGGAAACCCCCAAAGCACAGGGAGAACAUGCAAACUCACACAGGGCGGAGGCAGGAAUCGAACCUCCAACCCCAGAAGUGUGAGGGGAAAUGUGCUAACAUAUAUAUGUAUAUGUACAGUAUAUAUAAACCAACAUCUUAAGAUCUAUUCCAUGUAUCUAUGUUAAAUAUCUGAACAAAUAUCACAGUAGAGUAAAACUGGAUAAUUUGAUUGUCACACUUCAAAUUCUGAAUGACGGCACUUCAGUAUUUUUUCAGUGUAUGUCUGCAGGCAGGACCAUGCAAAAACUCCAUACUUCCAUGGAUCUCGGAAUAAAAUGAGACAUUUUAGGUAGUACAACAGAUUCUUUUGUGCCAGCUC